AUGGAGCAGGUUUUGUUCAGGUGUACUGUACUGGUGUGGGUGUGUUUCCGCAUCAUUGUGUUAGUGUUAUUGUCACUGUCCAGGAUCUGGAGAUGCUGUCUACAGCUCAGCAGAUGCUGCAGGACAGCCGUUCCAAGAUCGAGCUGAUCCGAAUGCAGAUUAUCAAAGUCACCCAGACUAGUGUUGGGGAUGGGAGCAGCAACCAUGGCAGCACCAAUCAUGGAGGUCAGAGCUUUAUGGUACAGUUUAGUUAGGGGAUCAUGGUUACAAUAUACAGUUAACUCAAUCCACAUCUUUGCACAGAAUUUAAAAUGCUAUCAGGAUUGAACUGCCAUCAGAUAGAUUACUGUCUUGUAUCUUACUAUAAUUCGUUAGGUACAGUGCAUUCGGAAAGUAUUCAGACUCCUUCACCUUUUCCACAUUUUGUUACGUUACAGCCUUAUUCUAAAAUUGAUUAAAUAAAUGUUUUUACUCAUCAAUCUACACACGAUACCGCAUAAUGACAAAGUGAAAACAGAAAUACCUUAUUUACAUAAGUAUUCAGAACCUUUGCUAUGAGACUCAAAAUUGAGCUUAGGUGCAUCCUGUUUCCAUUUAUCAUCAUUGAGAUGUUUCUACAACUUGAUUGGAGUCCACCUGUGGUAAAUUCAACUGAUUGGACAUGAUUUGGAAAGACACACACCUGUCUAUAUAAGGUCCCACAGUUGACAGUGCAUGUCAGAGCAAAAACCAAGCCAUGAGGUAGAAGGAAUUGUCCAUAGUGCUCCGAGACAGGAUUGUGUCGAGGCACAGAUCUGCGGAAGAGUACCAAAACAUGUCAGCAGCAUUGAAGGUCCCCAAGAACACAGUGGCCUCCAUCAUUCUUAAAUGGAAGAAGUUUGGAACCACCAAGACUAUGGGAGACUAGUCAGGAUCUAGGGAAAGAUGAAUGGAGCAAAGUACAGAGAGAUCCUUAAUGAAAACCUGCUCCAGAGCACUCAGGACCUCAGACUGGGGCGAAGGUUCACCUUCCAACAGGACAACGACCCUAAGCACACAGCCAAGACAACACAGGAGUGGCUUCGGGACAACUCUCUAAAUGUAAUUGAGUGGCCCAGCCAGAGCCCGGACUUGAACCUGAUCAAACAUCUCUGGAGAGACCUGAAAAUAGCUGUGCCGCGACGCUUCCAGUCUAACCUGACAAAGCUUGAGAGGAUCUGCAGAGAAGAAUGGGAGAAGAAUCGAGGCUGUAAUUGCUGCCAAAGGUGCUUCAACAAAUUACUGAAUAAAGGGUCUGAAUACUUAUGUGAAUGUAAUAUUUCUGUAUUUUUUUAUAUUUUUGAUCAAUUUACAAUUUCUGAAAACCUGUUUUUGCUUUGUCAUUAUGGGGUAUUGUGUAGGUUGAUGAGGGGAAAAAACAAUUUCAUCCAUUUUAGGAUAAGGCUGUAACGUAACAAAAUGUGGGAAAAGUGAAGGAGUCUGAAUACUUUCCGAAUGCACUGUAGUUCCAGUGUUUGUUUUGCUCGCUAUUUUAUAUGCUGGUAUGAUUAUGAAAAAUGUAAGACCACUGAAUUUGACAACUGUAUUACCUAUGUGAGGAUAUAUCAUAAUGCUUUCUCUAUGCAGUCUGAGUCGGAACUUGACCCUAUAUCUCUGGCCUGUUUUCUCAUGCAUCAUUGAUCCAGAAGGAAGUACCCCAGUGGGUGUAAAUCCCGUGGACAUCCAUGUGGCUGAGUUAAAACAAUAUGUCCAGAGAGAGACAGAGGUGGUGAAGGUGGCCAGGGAUGUGGUGAAGCAGCUUGAGGAGCUGCCAUCCCAGGACCAAUUGGCCCUGGCUGAGGUGGGCUAGCUAGGAUGUAUCUAUAAAUUAUUUUUAUUGUUUUACUAUUCUAUUUGAAAACAUUCUAAAAACAAUCACAAAAUGAGUAUAAUUUCAGAGGGAUUAAUUAAUCUUUCGUACAAUUAGUUAGUUUGAGAGUGGAAAGAGUCUUGGUUAGAACAUUUGUUUUUGUGCCUAUGCUAUGCAUGUAUGAGAAUGCAUAAAUCUCUCUACCAGGCCCGGUCCCGUGUGCAAGACUCUUCUCAGAAGCUAGAUCUUCUGCGACUUUCUCUGGAGUACCGCCUGUGGGAGUCAUCUCAGGAGGCUCUCCGGGAGCCUGUCACCAAACAGGGGCUCCCUACAGGAUCCCCACCCCCCGAGGGACAACAGCAAAAUUGCCUACUCUGCUCCUUCCCCUCCUCCACCUCCUCAUCCUUUCUCAAGCCGGCCUCCCUAACAGGUAACCACUCUCUUCAAACCUUACAGGUAUUUUAUGUCUGUUUAUGGAUCUGAUGUAAAAGCAGAAUGAUAAUGUUUAUUUUAAGGCCUGUUCUCCUGAUAUAUGUAAUAUUUUACAGGCACACUUGAGGUCAGGCUUCUGGGAUGUGAGGACUUGCUGAAAUCACUGCCAGGACGAGGCCAAAUAACCAGUGGAUCGUCUUCUCCGGAUAGCCCACCAGAUUCCAAUGUCAACAGCCAACCUGAUCACACAGAAAACCUCUCCUGUAAGUCCCUAUAUAAAGCCCUACCUCACUCUUUAGUGUCAGAUUCAACAUCCACUACCUCCUCUCCUGCAGGGAGUGUACCGUGCCUGUAUGGGAUUACGGUUAGUGCCCAGAGGGCCAGUGACUUUGUGUUGAAGCUGUGGUUGUUGCAUUUGAAUAUCCAAAGUACUGUACCUGUAGAACCAUCUCUCCUAAAUGUUAUUGUAGUCAUGGAAGUACAGUACAGGACAGUAAUAUCAGACUUUCUGUCUGGCAGUGGAGAUAAGUGCAGUUUUGAAACUGGAUAACAGAGUGGUGGGUCGCACCCACUGGAGACCCCUGAGCAAGCAGGCCUGGAGACAACGCUUCAGCAUCCAACUAGAGCGGGUAAGUAGUGUCAAAAUAGUGGGCAAUUGAUACAACAGUGGAAGUUGAAAAGGUGACUGGUUGAGGCAGAGUUCUUUUAACUGAACACCAGGAGGAGCCAUUGUACUUCACAUAACUGCUUGUACGGGAACUCUAUGGGAUUGUUGUACAUAGUCUGAAAGUGUCUGUAUUGGUAAAAUGCCAUAUAAUUUCUCAGUUGGGAGAUUGCACAUGUAUUUCAUCUUUGUGCCCCCACAGUCUCGGGAGCUGGAGAUUGGGGUCUUUUGGCAAGACUGUAGGGUGAUGUGUGCUGUUAAGUACCUGCGCCUGGAAGAGUUCCUGGACAACCAACAACAUGCCCUGUGUUUGUGCCUGGAGCCCCAGGGAACACUCUUCACUGAGGUCUGAUUCCUUUAUAGUUCUGAAUGUGUGAUGGCUUAGCCAGAGUGUGGUCUAUCAACCAGAUACCCUUAUGUAACAAGCUACUUGUUUUUCUGGUGGCUUUGCAGAUUACCUUUGUCAACCCUGUGAUUGAGCGCCAACCCAAACUAAGGCGUCAGAGGUGCAUUUUCACAAAAGAGAAAGGUACUGUAUGUAACCUGCCUGUGGUCACAGAUCGAAUAGACCUACUCAUGUUACUAUUGAUAAGUGUUGAUGGGUGUUCCUGUACCUCCACUCAGGGAAGAACUUCCUUCGUGCUGCCCAGAUGAACAUGAACUUUGCCACAUGGGGUCAUCUGAUGAUGAGUGUCCUGCCUCAAUGUUCCUUUACCACUUUGAGUCCAUCUACUUCCUCUGAUGUUGUGGUCAACCCCCCACCUUCUACCAAUAAGGUCACUCGGUCAACCCCCCUACUGCCAGGGUGAGAGAGAACACAGUGCUGCCCAUGGAAACACAAUACAAAAAUGUGUGCAUUAAGAACUUAGUACAAACCAUAAAACAAGUAUUUUGUGUAGUGUAUUUAUAAGAAUAUUUGGUAUGGGAGUAUAUGUAAUAUCUUUAUCAUUGCAUGAUUUCCCUGACUAUAUGACCAUCACUGUGUUUCUCUUUAUCUGCAGUGAAGUGCCGGUGAUUAGUCUUAAUAUAAAUGAGGAGCAGUCAUCUAAAACGUUUAGCAUUGACCAAGGAAGAAACAUCCCCAAAAUGGUGUCAACAGCACAGAAAACACCACCUAUGCCUACUCUGACAGAAAAAGAGGUGAACACCCAUACCAGCUCCACUAAACAUAAAAUUGUGGUUCCAGUCUAUUGUCAUCUUGGUAAAGUAAUGUGCAUGUAGUGCAUUGGUAGACUUGCUAUUUUAAUAAAUGACUGGCCUCUUUUCAGUCCUCCAUUGAAAACAACACAACAGAGAGAACAAGGAUGCAGAUGGAAGAUUUCAAAUGUAUCUCUGUCCUGGGAAGAGGACACUUUGGAAAGGUCCAGACAUUUUUGCCAACACAACAUUUAUAUUACAGUACUAUAUGA